GGCAUGCCCGGCGCGUGGCGCCGGGAGGCCGUGAGAUGGCGGCAGGACUGUUGAAGCCUUGGGCUCCUGGGGUCGUGUCUGUUGUUCUGUAGCCUUACCUCUGUGCUCCCUGCGACACACCGACACGACACAGCGACAGGACACGCCGACACACACACCGUGCGUGUAGGUGGAGAGUUAAUCGCCCUGGGACCCGCUGGAGGUGCUAAAAAUAAGUAACCAUCCACGCCAGCUGCCUAUGGCUUUGAAAAUUUUGCUGUCCUAACACUCCAAGAUAUAAUAGUGUUAUGUUAACACUACAUCAGCAAGUAGAUCUGAAUACCAUUUACAAGAUGCCAGCUGUUGAAGAUCUGAGUAGUGAACGAAACUUCCUUGCACAUUGCAUGUUCGAUAGCUCUCGUGCUGGAGUCUUCUUGGAUCCUACUUUUACUGGUCUGAAAAUCAACACAGACAAUUUAUUAUCUGGACAUGAAAACAUCACGGCUUUCCCUGUUGAAGUGUUGCAUCUUUCAGAGAGUCGUUCUGUAAGUGAUGACUCCUUGUGUGAAGAACGGAUGCUGGAGUCUGGCAGCUCUUGUACACUUCAGCAGGAUACCGCUGAAACAUCUUUUCCAGCAGCAGCAUAUAAUGUAGAAAGCUCUAAAACAGACUUUGUCCAUGGUGAAGUGGAUGGUCGGAAUAAAUCCGAUUACUGUGAUCCUCUCUUACAGAAGCUUGAACAGCUGAAGGAAUUGCAACAACAGAAGCAGGAACAGCUAAAGAAACAACAGAUGGAGCAACUUCAAAGGCUGAUGGAAGAACAGCAGAAGCUACUUAGCAUGGUGUCUGACCAGACAGCAAUCCUUGGAAAAAACGUGUGGUGUCCAGAACAAAAGAUGGAAAAAAUAACGGAGGCUGAAGAUCCACACGAUGAUUCUUUAUGUGUGGAAGGUGCAGAUCUCUCUGAAAAGUCCAGCAGAGGAAAACAGUUGUGGGUGACUAAUACAGAGGAAAGACCUAUUAAAGCUGCGAUUCAAGAGAAGAAACAGACAUUUGAAGAAUUUCUGGAAGAACAGAUUCAGAUAGAGGAGCAGCGUCUGAAGCAAAGCCAGAAAUUACAGGAGACAAAUGGAUCAGCCAUUCAAAAGCCAGUGAUCAAACGACCCUUCCUGAAAAGAGGAGAAGGCUUAACAAGGUUCACUAAUGCCAAAUCUAAGAUAACAACGCUUGGAGAAAGCAUGUUGAAACCUCAACAAAGGGUUUCAGAUGACAGAAACAGAGUGGACAGAUCACAAAUACAAAAGAAAAGUCUGCCUCCUAGCAAAGAGCUGGUUUCUGGGAGCCCUCUUAUGCCACGUAAAAAAAAUAACCAGCCUGAUAAAGCAAAAUAUUGUCCUAUUCAGAAGGCUCUUGUACUCAGGAAUCACAAUGGAAAAAAUACCGUGCCAUUAGAAACAAGAAUGCAACCAGGAAAAAAUCUUGAUGGACAGAUGAGAGAUUCUUUCCCAUCAGAAAUUAACCACAAAAUAGAAAAUAAAGAGAACGUAGUGGAAUUUGCUAAGUCUAACACUGGCAAAAUCAGAAACAAGUUACAUGGCGUGGAAAAGCCUCAGUUGUCUUGUGAGCUGGCCAGUGCCUUUUCUAAUGCUAAAUGUCCUGUAGGUCACCCUGUAAAAGAUCCAGAACUGUCUUUUGAAGUUUCGUUUCAGAAUAAGUUGGAAAACUGGGAAAAAGAAAAGGAAAAAGAGAAUCUAGAAUUAGAUGAAUUUUUGUUUCUAGAGCAAGCUGCAGACGAAAUAUCUUUUUCAAGUAAUUCCUCGUUUGUGCAAAGGAUCUUAGAUCAAGAUCAGCAAACCUCAGAAGGACGUAGAAUGUCCUCCACCCCGAUCAAGGCAAAACAGCAGCAAGUGAAGGAGCUUGCAGUUAAACUUAUAAAUGCAAAAAAUAAAAAGGCAGACUGUAUCGCACAGGGAAAUAAAAAUGAUAAAGCGGUUACACAUACAGUCUCAAAUUCAGGAACAGCUUCUAGACUGAAGGAUCCAGUGAAUAAAACAGACAGUGUAAUAUUUUCAGGUUCUUCCUUGACAGCACUUCCUGCUUUGAAAAGUACUCAAUGGACUGUAAAUGAAGAUAAAGAUGAGGAAAAUGGUGAUACGACUACAGAUUCUGAGCAAGAAUUUGAGACCACCUUAAAAAAUGAAAAUGAAGAUGUUAAGAAAUCCUUUCAGAGCAAUAGAGAAAGUGAUCCAGGAUUUUUUGAUUACCGAAGUUCUACAGAUACCAGCAAAGAAAGCAAAUAUGGAGGUGACUUGUCAGACGAAGAUUGCAGCACACUGUCAAAGCAAAAGAUUAGAAAAGCUUCAGACCAUCAGAGAAGCGUGUCUUGUAUAAAUAGGAGUAAGAUUGAGUUUGAUGAUGAAAGGACAUGGAGUGAUCUUGAUGAAUAUUAUUUUCACAAUGAUUUACCUGAAAAAUAUACUAAAAUGUCCUUACAGGCAGACUUUUUCAAUAAGAAUGAUACAACUGUCCCAGAUAAAGCAGUAAAGAGAAAAGUUGCCUCGAAGAAGGCAGAUGAACUGUCCAAACAGUCUGCAGUGGACAGUGAUUCAAACGGGCCUCCGGCAUCAAACCUGAUGAUGAAACUGUUUCCCUCGCUGAAACCGAAGCAGAAGGCAGGCUGUCACUCAGAGCAUGAAAUCAAAUCAGAUGUGGAACAGGAGUCAGGAGGAAACACUGUUCCAUCCCAGAUACUGAGAGAGAAACUCAUGGAAUUGGAAAUGGAAAUUGAGAGGUUCAGAGCUGAAAACACAACUCUAACUAAACUCCGGGAAGAAAGAGAGCAUGCCCUGGCAAGUAUCAGGAAAGAAAUUGCAGACUUUCAACAGCAGAAAGCCCAAGAACUGGCUGAAAUAGAAGAAUAUAGAAAAAAAGAAAUGAAAAAACUGCAAAAGGAACGUAAAGUUUUUGAAAAAUAUACCACAGAAGCUAGAGCAAUUCCAGAUAAAAAAGAACGUGAUGAAAUUCAGGCUUUAAAACAGCAGAUUGCAGAGUUACAGGAAGAUGUAAAACGAAAAGAAGCAAAAUGGUCAACCACCCAUCGACGCCUGAAAGAUCAAAUAGAAGCUUUAGUAAACGAGAACAUGGAGCUAAAAGAGGAAGUCAAAAUUAUGGAGAGGUUUCGUCUUGAAGCCUGGAAAAAAGUAGAAGCUGCUGGAAGCAAGAAGAAAAUGGAAAAUUCUGGGGUGACUCUAAGAAGAGCAGAAUCUGUAAGUCUACCAAAUAGAGGCCUGAAAAGCCAAACUGGAUCUCCACUUCUUCCAGCACAGAAGGGUGGCAAGAUAAGUGGCAAAAAUUAUUCACAGGCAAAAGGAAAGCUUUCAAGAAUGCUUGCCUCAGCACCUGCUAAGGACAGAAGCAACUCUGAGACAAUGGCACUAGAAGAUUCUUCUAGGACUUUUAUGGUAGACACCUCUCCUAAUGAAGCUCUUGUGCCAGCACCAUCUGGACCUGCGCAUACAGAGAGUGAAGAGAUACAGAGAGAAAUUGCUUAUCCUGAUGGAAAGGUUGAAAAGGUUUUGAAAAAUGGCUGUCACCUCAUAUUUUUUCCCAAUGGGACAUGGAAAAAAGUGGGGUCUGAUGGGAAGACCGUAACCAUAACCUUCUUUAAUGGGGAUGUGAAGCAGAUUAUGCCUGAUCAAACAGUGAUUUAUUAUUAUGCUGAUGCUAAGACUACUCAUACUACAUACUGCGAUGGCUUGGAGGUCUUGCAAUUUUCAAACGGACAAAUAGAGAAACAUUAUCCUGAUGGCAAGAAAGAAAUCACUUUCCCCGAUCAAACUAUCAAAAACUUAUUUACGGAUGGGCAAGAAGAAAGCAUCUUUCCAGAUGGCACUAUCGUUCGUGUUCAGCGAGAUGGGAGCAAAACUAUCGAGUUCAAUAAUGGCCAGAGAGAGCUACACACAUCACAGUUCAAGAGACGGGAGUAUCCAGAUGGUACUGUUAAGACUGUGUAUAUGAAUGGACACCAGGAAACCAAGUAUGUCUCUGGGAGAGUAAGAGUAAAGGACAAGGAUGGCAAUAUCCUCAUGGACACCAAGGUGUAGUUCAUGUUGAUCCUGUUGACACAUCAGCAAAA